AUGGAGGCUCUGCUGCACCAAUCCAAGGGCGUCUGCCCCUUUUUGAAGAAGACCUCUCCCGCAACCCUGCGCUCUUUGUCGACCUCGACCCGCCAAUCCCCAGGUGGCGGCACCAUUACGAACCUGCAGUUCAUUGCCCGACGAUGCCCCGUCAUGAACAAGGCCCUGGCCGUCCAGAGCGCCCGCAUCAACUCGCGUCGCAGCUAUGGGAAUGUUGCUGCCGGCACUGGCGUGGUCAAGUCCCUCCUGGAGAAGAAACUGCACACCUCGGCUGAAAAGAAAGCGAGCGUGGACACCAAUCUGUUUCGACCUCCCCAGCCAGCUCCACCUCCGCAAGCCGUGAAGAACGCCGUCCAGAAACCGGACACCUACGCUGGCCCCAGACCCAGUGCGCCGCCUGCCCCACGUUUCGACUAUGAAGGCUUCUACAACAAUGAGCUCGACAAGAAGCACAAGGACAAGUCAUACCGCUAUUUCAACAACAUCAAUCGUCUGGCGAAGGAAUUCCCUCGCGCCCACAUGGCUGCAAAGGACGAGCGCGUUACCGUCUGGUGCUCCAACGACUACCUCGGCAUGGGUCGCAACAAGCAUGUCUUGAAGACCAUGCAUGACACGCUCGACAUGUACGGAGCUGGCGCCGGAGGAACUAGAAACAUCUCCGGCCACAACAAGCAUGCAGUGGAACUGGAAAAAACUCUCGCCGAUCUUCAUGGCAAAGAAGGCGCUCUGGUUUUCUCCUCUUGUUACGUCGCCAAUGAUGCCACCUUGGCCACGCUGGGCAGCAAAUUGCCCGACUGUGUGAUCCUGAGCGAUAGCAUGAACCACGCUUCCAUGAUUCAAGGCAUACGCCACUCCGGCGCGAAGAAAAUGGUCUUCAAGCACAACGACCUGGCUGAUUUGGAGACGAAACUCGCGAGUCUCCCACCCGAGCAGCCGAAGAUCAUCGCUUUCGAAUCCGUCUAUAGCAUGUGCGGCUCCAUCGCCCCCAUUGAGGCCAUCUGCGACUUGGCAGAUAAGUAUGGCGCCAUUACCUUUCUGGAUGAGGUCCAUGCCGUUGGAAUGUAUGGGCCGCGAGGUGCCGGCGUUGCCGAACACCUUGAUUACGAUACCUAUGCCGACCCCGAUAGAACCAAGGAAUCCCAGAGGGGUACCGUCAUGGAUAGAAUUGACAUUAUCACGGGAACGCUAGGCAAGGCAUAUGGCUGUGUGGGUGGAUACAUCGCUGGCUCCGCUUCACUGGUCGAUACCAUUCGUUCUCUCGCACCGGGAUUCAUCUUCACGACGUCGCUUCCACCUGCGACCAUGGCUGGUGCACGUGCGGCCAUUGAAUACCAAGCCGUCUAUCAAGGAGACCGGCGCUUGCAGCAACUUCACACGCGUGCCCUGAAAGACGAUCUCACCGCAAGAGGCAUCCCGGUGAUUCCAAAUCCUUCACACAUUGUCCCGCUCUUGGUCGGUGACGCCGAAACGGCGAAGAAAGCCUCUGAUAUGCUCCUCAACGAUUACGACAUCUACGUCCAAUCCAUCAAUUACCCAACCGUUCCGCGGGGUGAAGAGAGACUCCGCAUCACGCCCACUCCGGGACAUACUUCCGAAUUGCGCGCCGAACUGAUCGACGCGCUGGAGAAUGUCUGGAACCGCUUGAACAUCAAGCGCGUCAAGGACUGGGAGGCCCAAGGCGGGUUCGUGGGCGUGGGCGUCAAAGAUGCAGCGCCAGUCGAGUCUUUGUGGACCGAUGCGCAGCUUGAAAGCGCCGCGCAGUCUCUUGUCGCCGAGCCGCUGGCCCAGCAGGCAUCCGAGGCCCGAGCGUUGCCCAUCGCGGCUGCUGCUGCUUGA